ACAAAUCAGUACAUUAAAAAAGAAGAAGUCAGAUUAUCUACUCCAGGCUUCGAAGACCUCAUGUGCUACACAUAUCUGUCAGCAUGGACGCUGUUCCUGAAGAGAGACAAAAGCCCCGAGUCGAACUCCCAUCAUGUCUUCCCCUCGAUCCAUUUCUCGGCCUUGAAAAUACGAUCAUGAGCUCUUCUUAUCGAAGUCAGGGAACGUGACCUUAUUCUACCGCGGAUUCAUUCUGUCAUAUACUGCUACCUACAGUCAGCUGAUGUCGGAUGAGAUUCAACGAGGAGGAGUCUGGUUCUAGCACCCUCGCAAGGCGCUCCUGUUGCACGUGCAUUCAUUCCAAAUAGAACGACAUUUUCAAGUCCUUUGAAAGAACCUGUUCGGAGGUCGGGAUCACUAUGGCUGCACCUGCAUCAUCAAUGUUUGUUUUAUCGGAUUCAAAGACGAAGACACCAGAUGGAAAUUCCACCGACAACCUAGAAUAAGAGCGAGCAAAGGGCCCAGACUUGAGCUGAAACCAGGGUUCCCAAAUUCCCUAAAAGAACUGGAAUACAGGGACGAGCAUUAUUGAUUGUGCAUUAGUUUUCGUCCUCGAGAGUGACAUGUGACGUGCUGGGGGAUCUUCCUCACUGUCCUUACAAAUGCACGGACUGCAAUCUUCGUUCUGAUGCAAAGUUGCCUGAGGACUGGAACUCGUGGAGCUAUAUGAAGUUGUAUAUUAUCAUGGAUCCGGAAGGAUGAGGCACAGGUUGCUGAGGGACAGUUACGGGAUCGAAACUUAUCAGAAUGCAGGCAAACGAGAACUCGUUCCGCUAGAUCUACGAGGGAACGUGCAACGAGGAUCCAGACGCUCAUGGCCUCGAUCGAUAGCCUCGGCCACAGUCGGGCAGGAAGGUCGAGGGGAUCUCUAGUCGGAUCAUCCGCGAGCGUAAUUGAAAAGUAAUGGGAGCUGGGACAGAUGGUCGGCGAGGCCCGGGCGUCGUCACGUUUGUAGCUCCUCACUGCUUCUGAUCCCAAUGAUCUAUGUUGCCAGUAAAUCCCGGCCUCUAUCAGGGCGAGCUCGCGAAAUGUGCUGCAUUGACUCCAGCCCCACCCCGGGUCGUCUCAACAACGCUAAUCGGCUACAGACGAGCCCGUGAUUUGUGACGUCAGGUCGAGACCGAACGAAGCCCCAGAGAGCAUGAUAUCCUCAUGAAGCUGGCGGGCACCGGCACUGGGCCAAGUCGAGUGCAAUGUGAGGCUCGGGCCAGCACUGUGUCCCUUGCGUAUGCACCAAAUCAUCAGCACCCGGAUCAGAUAUAAACGCCCUCCCCCCGCCUUCCGAUUCGCCGAAAUACUUCAUUGCGAGCCCUCCCGAUCCAUUCCUGCUACGCAGGCGACCUUGCAGACAGUCGGAUCUGAAUUCAAACCUCGAAGCAGCGGAGGAGCGAAAUGCGCGUGGCGCCCGGCGAGUGGUGGCUGAUGGGUGCGGAGGUCGUCGGAAGGGGGGUCGAUAGCCGGUAGGAAGCUCGAGGAGAGGAGAGGGGACGACAGGGCGGAGCGGGGAAGAGAAGGGAGUGGAACGAUCGAGGCGUCGCGAUGACGACGACGGGGGAGGCGACGGGGACGACCAGUCACGCGCCGAAGCUGGAGCUAUGGCGGCCGUGGCUGAAGGCGCUGCACGGCGGGGACUGUCACGCGAUAAGGAGCCUACUGCGACUAAACCCGUGGUACGUGGCCAUCUUCCCGGGCUCGAAGGACUGCGAGUUCAAGCGCGCCAAGAGAAUUCUCCAGAGCGGCGUGGACGAGAUGAAGGACUGGGAGGGCUGCAGCGCCCUACACGUGGCGGUGCAGCAGGGCUGCCUGGCGCUGGUGGACGAGGUGCUCAACGUGUUCCGCCUCGAGGACAAGGAGAGCUUCUUGACCAGCCGGUCGCUCCGGCCAGGCGACCUGCCGUCGCCCGGUGCCAACCCACCGGAGCAGCCCGGGAAGCCCGAGGCGCAGCACCACUACGCCCAGACGAUGAAGAAGGCCAGCACCAAAGAGCUGCAGCUCAUGGAGAAUAUUCUCCUAGCGCAGGAGCCGAGCUCGGGGCUCGACGCGCUGGCCAUGGCGGUCAUCAACGGGCAGGAGGAGGUGGUCCGGAUUCUGGUGGCCGCGUUCCAGCAGCUCGAGAACAAUCCUUACGACAUCAUGUCGUCCGGCGAGGCUAACGACUCGCCGGCCGGCAGCUGCGAGCUCGGCGUCACGCCUUCGUCUCUCCUGCAGGUGCACAAGAUCGUGCAGGAAGUGCUCGAGGAGAUGGGCACCGAGAAUUAUCAGCUCGCCGAGAAAGAGUUCUCGCAACUGCACGAGUUCAAUUUCCUGCCGUGGCCGCAAUACCUCUUCCACGCCGCGUGCUCCAAGACGUCGCCGAUUCUCGACAAGUGCCGCCGGAGAAUCAUCCGGAACGCGGUGGACAUCGGCGUCCACCACGUGAAGGUGCUGUUCGGGCUGCGCGACGGGCAAGGGCGGACGCCGUUGCACGUCGCGGUGGCCGCCGGGGUCGAGACGGGCAUCGUGAAGGACAUCUUCGACGCGAUGCCCAAAGGGGACGAGUACGCCGAGUGCGUGAACGCGCGCGACGGCGCGGGCAGGACGCCGUUGCAUUGCGCCAUCUCGCGGGAGCAGGCGGACCGCGACGUGGAGCAGCUGCUGCAGGACCCGAGGACGGACCUGAACGCCGUCUUCUUCUACAACCCGACGAUUCUGCGCCUGUUCGACAUCGAGAAGCUGUGCUUCCGGCACGGCUUCCGAAACUCGACCAGCAUUCUGAAGAACGUCCACAAGAGCACCGUGCUGCACCUCGCGCUCUGGAGCCCGUGGCCCAAGGUCGUCAAGGCCGUGCAGAUGCUCCUCAAGGACCACCGCCUGAACCUGAGCCAGACGUGCAACAUCAACAUCCCCUCAAAGCACGACCGCGCCGAUCCCUCCCCCUUCGGCUGGAACAAGGACAGCGACUUCUACCUCACGCCUCUCCAGCUCGCCACGCUUCUGGAAAAUGUACCAAUUCUGCAAAUUCUCGCCAAUGACGACAGGGCGUACGACUUCGGGCGGCUGAACAACGCCUCGAGGUACGAGGAUCUGCGGGCGACGGUGGACGGCGAGCUGCACAAUCUGCUGUCGGCGCUGCCGGACUCGAGCUUCAGCUCCGAGAGCUUGAAGGGCGGGCGGGCCACGUUCCAGCAGAAGAGGGUCGAGGUGUGGGUCAAGUUCAUGAACACAUCGGCGCUCCACUAUGCGGCCAUUCUCGGGAACCCUGCGGGAGUGCGAAUCCUGCUCAACAGCAAGAGGUUCGAUCCUCUGGUCGAGGACCUGGACGGCAACAAUGCGCUACACUACGCAGCGUACGCGCGCGAGCUCGAGCAUCCGAUCUCGCCACACUUGCUCGACGUGCCGUGCUGCCGCUCGCCGCUGCUGCCCAAGGUCCAGCCCACGGCCGAGCCCUCGGCGGGCGGCGCAAGCCAGGAGCGCGAGGCCCCCAGCUCGCGCACGGGCGAGAGCCGGCGCCAGGGGUGCAUCAACCUCCUGCUGCAGUCCGGGAUCGACAUCUGGAAGACGAACAAGGCCGGCAACAUCGCGGACCCGGGCAUGCGAGCUUCGCCCGAGGCGUGCUCGUGGUGGUACGAGAGGUUGGCGCGCGAGACUCUGGAGACGAAGCAGAGCCUGAACGCCGCCGCCAACGCCGUCUCGGUGACGGCGGCGCUGGUGGCCACGGCCUCGUACGUCGGGCCGCUGCAGCCGCCGCUCGGGUACGUGCAGAACUCGGAUGGCACGGCCGCGAUGCAGAUCCAGGUCGAGUAUUUGUCGAUCCGCGUCUUCAUCGUCUGCGACACCGUCGCCUUCUACGUGGCGCUGUGCGCCAUCAUGCUGUCGCUGAUCCCGUCGCUGCCCAUGCCGCACGAGUCCAUGCUCGACGAGCUGGUCAGCACUCGCAGAUCUGUCACUCUGGCCGUGGCCUUCCUGAUUCUGUCCAUAAUCUCCAUCAUCUUCGCUUUCGCCUCUGCUUCCAUGGCCGUGAUUCCCAACGACCGCCGCUCGUGGAACCAUCGGGGCCUCACCAUGGGCCCCAUCGUCGUGGGCACUUUCUUCUGCGUUCUCAUCAUGUACAUGGUCUGCCUGCGCCUCAUCCGCCUCGUCCUCCACCAGAACUUCUGGUUCCGCAAGAAUUACAGGCGCAUGACGCUGUUUUAAUCUAGGUACUCGUGCACGGACUGCACGUUGUAAUUCUUUGGCCUGAUGACUAUCGGUCAUCUCGCUUUCUCUCGUGAAUAAAACUUCCCUUCAGUGGACUGCUGCCCAUCCGUUCCCUGCAACACUUGCCGACAGUUGUCGCACUUCACCGAUCCAUGCAGGAGACAUUGAGAGAGUUCGGAAUUUCGACGUCUGCGGAUCUGGGUACUUACGGAAAAGAGUGAGAUUGCACGAGAAGGAGCGGAUCCAUCUGUACUAGGUACGGGAGAGGGGAAGAGGAAAUUCGUUCAAGAAAGAAUGGAAGGAAAAUUGUAGAUCUGGUGUGGAAGAUGACAAGAGAUUAUGAUCACACGCACUGCCAGGGAACCUAUUACAAAGUCGCAGAGCUAUUCAACUGCUUGUACAUCUGCUAAAGUCGAGCUCUGCACUGUGCCAUUUUGGACUCUGAUUUCCAUCGCCUCUGCUCGUCAAUGAUUGAUUACAUGAUGAGACCCCGGACCUCUUACACAUCUGGGAGAGAUGAGGUAGAGGUGAACAGCAAAUACGUAAAUGAUUUGAAGGAAAAUUGUAGAUCUGGUGUGGAUGAUGACAAGAGAUUAUGAUCACACGCACUGCCAGGGAACCUCUUACAAAGUCGCAGAGCUAUUCAACUGCUUGUACAUUUGCAAGGUCGAGCUCUGCGCUGUGCCAUUAUGGACUCUAAAGUCCAUUGCACCUGCUUGUUAAUGAUUACAUAUUGAAACCUCGGA